GUUCGGAUACGGAAAUGAUCGAUCGUAAAAGAAAAAAAAGAUGUUCUGAAACAUGGAAGAGAAAUGAAAGGAAGAAAGCUCGUCUUCUUGGAAGCCAAUACACAACUAAAACUGGGAAAAUAGUCAACAAAAGGGAGGUUAAAGCAGAUUGCACAUGUAAAAACAAAUGCAUGACUAAAUUUACGAUGGAGGAAAAAGAAGCUGUUUUGAGGGCAUUAUACGAGAAAGGUUCAAAAACGAACAAGAUGUCUAUUUACAUGGGUUAAUG